GGCGAGGCUACGGUUCCGGAAAAGGGGUCUAGCUCUGUCAGGAGCGGGGCUGCAAGGCCAGGGGCGAAACCACCCUCUUUAAAGGGCGGAGCCAAGGAGCCAAGCGGAGAGCUGGGCCCUAGUAAUGGCCCAGGGCGUCCACGCGGGGGCGGUCUCCGUGGUGGUAGGGCCUGGGGACGCGGUAGGCCGAGAACUCCCCCGGGAGAGGUGGUAUGGGUGGAGCGGGCUCGACGGCCAGCAGACACAGGGCCAGUCUGGGUGCCCCGGAGACCCCCAAGAGCUCAGAGCUGGGGAGGCGCCCCAGGUGGAGGCACAGGGCCGGCCUGGGGAGUACCUCCGGAGGACCCAGGCUCUUCGGAACCAUCCAGCGGGGAUGUAUGGGUACCUCGGGGCCGACCCCCUGCAGCGGCCACAGAGGUGUUGGUGUGCUGGGCCGGGGGCAACUGGGUGUGGCGUGAGUGGGGCAGCCCAGUUAGGGCAACAGCUUCGCAACCAGAUAGGGUCUGGACUUUGCGUAAAGGCACGAGUGGGAACUGAAGAGCGGAGGUGGGAACCGGGAGGGAGGAAAGAUGUGGGGGUGAGCAAAGGGGCGGGGCCCUGGCUGCUGUGGCCUCCCCUGACCCCAUACCCUCGCUGCUGGGGUCCUCGGCCAAGUCCCCUUCUCUCUGGACUGGUAAGUGUGGCCACGGAGCCCAGGGGAGAGGGCGGUAACCCGGGAAGAGGGGAUCCCCAGGGGCAGGCAAAGUACGGUGGGAUGGAAUCUUCCUGGUACCUGCCCAAGUUCGAUGCCUUCCCUGCCCUCCUCCCGGUCAGUCGGUCGGUCGGGGUCUGUGCCUGCAGAGACAUGAGGCUGAGCUGGGUCCUGACAGUACUGUCCAUCUGCCUGAGUGCCCUGGCUACGGCUACGGGGGCAGAAGGCAAACGGAAGCUGCAGAUCGGGGUCAAGAAGCGGGUGGAUCACUGUCCCAUCAAAUCUCGAAAGGGGGAUGUCCUACAUAUGCACUACACAGGGAAGCUGGAAGAUGGGACGGAGUUUGACAGCAGCCUGCCCCAGAACCAGCCCUUUGUCUUCUCCCUUGGCACAGGCCAGGUCAUCAAGGGCUGGGACCAAGGGCUGCUGGGGAUGUGUGAAGGGGAAAAGCGGAAGCUGGUGAUCCCAUCAGAGUUGGGGUAUGGAGAGCGGGGUGCUCCCCCAAAGAUUCCAGGUGGUGCAACCCUGGUGUUCGAGGUGGAGCUGCUCAAAAUCGAGCGACGUUCAGAAUUGUAGCCAGACUGGGGAGGGGCAGUGGGGAGAGGGCCACAUCAGGGACCAGACUGUUCAAAAAAAAAAAAACAAAAAAAACCUUAAAAGUCCAAA